AUGGAUAGUAAUUGGAAUUUUGGAAGCUUAGGGACUGCUCCACUGGGAAUGAUGAACAUACCAGUGAGUACUCCUUUGAAUCGACAGGGAUCAAUAUACUCAUGGACACUAGACCAGAUUCAGAACAACUUAGGAAAAGAUUGUGGAUCAAUGUAUAUGGAAGAGUUACUUAAGAAUAUAUGCAGUGCUGAAGAAACACAAGGUAUGGUUUCAACUAAUGGCUUAAACGAUGGAUUGCAAAGGCAACGCUCAAUAAUUCUGCCUCAAAUACUUAGCCAAAAAACUAUUGAUGAAGUUUGGAAAUAUAUCACAGAGGAAGAAGAACACACCAACAAAGUCGGAGGAAGCACAAAUAUUCCUCAGAUUCAAAGGCAACAAACCUUAGGGGAAGUCACUUUGGAGGAAUUUUUGACCCGUGCGGGAGCCACAGGAAAUAAUAACAGUAGUGGCUACAUUCAUGAACCAUCAUCAUCGAUUUCAAGGAAUCGAAACAAAAAUUUAAGUUUUGAUAAGUUUCAGCAGGAACCAAUGGUUUCUCAUUUGUUGAACAAUAAUGUUGCAAGGAGUAGAAAUUAUGGUUCAAAUUUUCAUCCAAGUUUGAGUGUCUCUAUGUCAUAUCAACCGCAACAACAACAACAAAAUCAGUUCCUGCCGCAACAACCUAUAAUGUCUAAAACACAUGGUUAUGAACCACAACUCGCGUUCACGAGUGGUCAGAUUAACAAUUACGGGCUAAGAGAUAGCUUCAUGGAAAUCGGAGAUCAAAGUCAUCAACAAAAAAACAUAAGUUUGGUCCCAAGCAAUGCAACAAUUCCUAGUGGAACCAUGAGUGUUGACACAUGUUCCCGGAUUACGACAUUUCCGCAAUCAGACGGGAUCCAAAAGAUUGGUGUUGGUUCGUCAUUAGUCUCACCAUUUCCAUACAUUAGUAGUGGUGGUAAUAAUGCUAGGGGUAGGAAUAACAAUAAUGAUAUUGCUGCGGAGAAAACACAAAGGAGAAAGAUAAAGAAUCGGGAAUCGGCAGCAAGAUCACGGGCUCGAAAGCAGGCGCAAAUUAUGGAGCUUGAAGCUGAAUAUAAAAAGUUAAAGAAAGAGAAUCAAGAGCUACUAAGAAGACAGUACAGCUUUGAUCAUCCAUCUAAAGUCAUCAUCACUUGGGAAGUUCCAUCUACCGAUUCUGAUAUUGAUUUUUCGUAUCAUAUAUCUAUUCUUGAUCACGAGCUUUUUAUCAAAGGAGGUUCUGAUCAUGUUAAUACGAGUGAUCAUGCUCAGAAGACUUUUCUAUGGGAUUUUGCGAGGAAUGCUUGGGUUAUGAAUAAAGAAUCUAAUGAAGAUAGUGACUCUGAUGAUACCGAGGUUUUAUCGGGUCGUGGUACUGAUGAUGAUUAUGGUUUUGAGGAUUAUAUGGGGUCUGAUUCAGAGACGGGUGAAGAUACUGAUGAUAUGAACCAAACAGAUGAGUAUGAUUCUGAGGAUGAUUUUAUUGACGACGAUGAGACUUGUGAAGAAUCUGAUGGUUCAAGUGAUAGCUCAGAAGAUGAUAGCGGUGAUGACGAAGAUGAAGAUGGUGACGAUGCCGAUUCAACUGAUGAUAAUGAAAAUGAUGAUGAAUAUGUUAUGUUGGAUGAUGAGACUGAUAUUGACGAUGAUAGUGAAGAUCAGCGAAACGUCGAACUGAGUGAUAUACUCAUCGAAAAGAAUAUUAGUAUAUCUGGACACCAGGAUUCGGUGUGUACUUAUACAGUUUCUCUUGGUUCAAUGUGUUUUGGUAGGUGUGUUUCACGUUUGAGUCCUUCCAAAGAUGAUUGUACUAUCUUUGUUAAGGUUUUACAAACGUGGGUGCAUAUGCUAAUUUCGAAACGUUCUUCCAUGGAGCUCAUAUUGUCGGAUGAACAGGGUGUAAAAAUUCAGGCCACUGUUAGUGAUGGUGAGAUCAGUGCUGCAUCGUCUCGCAUAGAUGUUGGCAAGAUCACUAUAUCUUCUACAUCUCCUACUAAGUUUGAACUCAAUCCCCGUAUUCCUGAGUUAGAUGAGUUUUGGAACAAUAUCCGCGUAAGAGGCCAUGCACGCGUGGUAGUGUGGCACGUCUACAUUGAAUAG